AUGAAAGAAGCCCACUUACCCACUCUUCUUUCCCACCAUCCGCAGUAUACCAAUCACUCACUAGAUGGUGGCCUCGGAAUCGGAAAGGAAAUAAGCUCAUACUACUGGAAUGGAAUGGAAUAUGAGACACUUUACUUCCUACAAAACUCAAGUGAGGGGAGGGAUGGAUGUCCCGCCACGAACGGAAACAUCAAGCCUCCCCAAUGGUUAUGUUACGUAUCCACUCAUCCUACAAGGAACUAUGUCCAACCUAUUCUAUUUAUUCCGCUAUUCUAUUUAUUCACGACGAAUUUGUUUCCGGAAGUGGCAUUGAGAAGUGUUGCUCCAGCCUUUCAUACUUUACUCGAAUAUUUUAGAACACAAAUAAGAUCCCUCAUAAGUGCAAACAAUGCAAUAGCUUCGGUUAAGGCAAAGCCCAAACAAAUCAAAAGAAAAGAAAAAUAA